UGAUCCUGAGAAACCAGAUCCAGCAGGCCUUCGUGGAGAGGGACAUCCUCACCUUCGCCGAGAACCCCUUCGUGGUCUCCAUGUUCUGCUCCUUCGAGACCCGCCGGCACCUCUGCAUGGUCAUGGAGUACGUGGAAGGAGGAGACUGUGCCACCCUGCUGAAGAACAUGGGCCCUCUGCCCGUGGACAUGGCCCGGAUGUACUUUGCAGAGACGGUCCUGGCCCUGGAAUACCUCCACAACUACGGCAUCGUCCACAGGGACCUCAAACCCGACAACUUGCUGGUGACGUCCAUGGGCCACAUCAAGCUGACGGACUUUGGCCUCUCCAAGGUGGGCUUGAUGAACAUGACCACCAACCUCUACGAGGGCCACAUUGAGAAGGACGCCAGGGAGUUCUCUGACAAGCAGGUGUGCGGUACGCCAGAAUACAUCGCCCCCGAGGUGAUCUUGCGGCAGGGCUACGGCAAGCCGGUGGACUGGUGGGCCAUGGGCAUCAUCCUGUACGAGUUCCUGGUGGGCUGCGUGCCCUUCUUCGGAGACACGCCAGAGGAGCUGUUCGGACAGGUCAUCAGCGACGAGAUCAACUGGCCAGAGGGGGAGGAAGCUCCACCUGUAGAUGCCCAGGAGCUCAUCACCUUGCUGCUCCGACAGAACCCCCUGGAGAGGAUGGGCACCGGCGGGGCUGUGGAGGUGAAGCACCACCAGUUCUUCCACAACCUUGACUGGAACAGCCUGCUGAGGCAGAAGGCCGAGUUCAUCCCCCAGCUGGAGUCUGAGGACGACACCAGCUACUUCGACACACGUUCUGAGAGGUACCAUCACCUGGAGACCGAGGAAGAGGACGCCAACGAGGAAGACUUCAACGUGGAGCUGCGGCAGUUCUCCUCGUGUUCUCACAGGUUCUCCAAGGUCUACAGCAGCCUGGACCUGUCCCGCGGCCAGUUGGAGGAGAAGGGCGAGGCCGAGGAGAAGAAGAGCGACAGCCCGCUGACUGUGGACUCGCUCAGCUGGACACCAGAGUUCCCCGAAAUGCCGUCCCUGUCCCACUCCUCCGACACAGAGAGCCCCUGCCAGUGCCCGGACCCUCGCUCAGGACAGCUCCCCAAGUUCGCCAUCUCGGCCGAGAGCGAGGAAGGAGACGAGUCGUCCGGCUCUCAGGAAGCCGGCAAGGCGGCCUUCUCCAUCGGAGAGCUUCCCCAGGACGACCCCGACGCCACCACCCCCGGCAGCACCCACAGCGCGGCCACGCUCUCCGGCAGCUUCUCUGAGCUCCUGGACCAGCUGCCGUCCAGAGGAGAGGGGGUGGACAGCCCAGACGGCUCCUCGUCCAAACCCUCCGCCGAGCCCCAGCCUGCGACCCUGCGGCCAGACAGGGCCGGGGACAAGCAGCCGCCCGGGGCCAAGGUGCCCAAGUCUGUCUCGGCUAGUGCCCUCUCCCUCAUGAUCCCAGGAGACAUAUUUGGGGUGUCCCCUCUGGCUAGCCCCAUGUCUCCAUACUCCCUCUCCUCUGACCCCUCCUCCCGAGACUCCUCCCCCAGCCGGGACUCCUCCCUCUGUGCCGUCAGCCCCCGGCAACCGGUCGUCAUCCACAGCUCGGGGAAGAAGUUUGGCUUCACGCUGAGGGCCAUCCGGGUGUACGCGUGCGAUGGUGACGUGUACACGGUCUACCACAUGGUCUGGAACGUGGAAGAAGGUGGUUGUGCACACAAGGCUGGGCUGAAGGCUGGGGACCUCAUCACUCACGUGAACGGAGAACCCGUCAACGGCCUGGUCCACACCGAAGUGGUGGAGCUCCUCCUGAAGAGUGGCAGUAAGGUGACCAUCUCCACCACCCCAUUUGAGAACACGUCCAUCAAGACCGGUCCUGCCCGGAGGAACAGCUACAGGAGCAAGAUGAUCCGACGCACCAAGAAGCCCAAAAAGGAGAAAACCCAAGAAAGGCGGCGGUCGGUGUUCCGUCGCUUCGCCAUGCAGCCCUCGCCCCUGCUCCACACCAGCCGCAGUUUCUCCUCCCUGAACCGCUCGCUGUCCUCCGGGGAGAGCCUCCCUGGGUCCCCCACCCACAGCCUCUCCCCCCGCUCCCCCACCACCGCCUUCCGGCCCGCGCCCGACUUCAACCAGUCAGGUGGCACGUCCUCCCAGAGCAGCUCCCCUAGCUCCAGCGCCCCCAACUCCCCCGCCGGCUCCGGCCACAUCCGCCCCAGCACCCUCCACGGCCUGGGCCCCAAGCUCACCAGCCAGCGGCUGCGCCGCAAGUCCGCCGGCAGCAUCCCCCUCUCCCCUCUGGCCCGCACGCCCUCCCCCACCCCUCAGCCCACCUCGCCCCAGCGCUCGCCCUCGCCCCUCCUCGGCGGCCACGCCGUCUGCAUCGCCAAGACCAGCCAGGCUUUCCCGGCCAAGAUGCACUCGCCGCCCACCAUCGUCCGCCACAUGGUGCGGCCCAAGAGCGCCGAGCCGCCUCGCUCGCCCCUCCUCAAGAGGGUCCAGUCGGAGGAGAAGCUGUCGCCCUCCUACGCCAGCGACAGGAAGCACCUGUGUUCCCGGAAGCACAGCCUGGAGGUGACCCAGGAGGAAGCCCAGGGAGAGGAGCUGCGGGCGGGGGAGAAGGACCUCCACGCCCUGCACAGUGUGGAGGAGACCCACUGCGAACCCCCGGCCAUCACCCGCGUCCGCCCCGCCGAACAAGGCUGCCUGAAGCGGCCGGUCGGCCGCAAGGUGGGCCGCCAGGAGUCCCUGGAGGAGCUGGAUAAGGAGAAGCUGAAAGCCAAGGUGGUGGUGAAGAGGCCGGACUGGUCGGAGAGGAGGGAGUCCCUCCAGAAGCAGGACUCCCAGCAUGAGCCCGAGGCCUCCUGCUCUACCUGUGGGGAAGACAAGGAGAAAGGCCUUCACCUGGGCCGGCCGCACAGCAACAGCAACCCAGAAUCGGUCACUCCGGAGGGCAAAGCUGCUAGCUCCACCCUCAAGGAUGUGCUGUACAAGAAACUCAACACCCGUGCCUGUGAAGGCCUCCCUGAGCCACUAGGGGGCGGUAGCUGUGACUCAGCCUCCCACCACAGCGAGGGCCUAGCCAGGUCACCUCUCUGCUCCAUCCACCCUGACUGGCCGAUGUCCAGGAACGGCAAGGAACUGGGCAAAGCGGACCGACUGGACUUCAAAGCCCCCAACAUGGAGUUCGCCAGGAAGAGGCAGUCCUUUGACGACCGCGACGACUGCAUGUGCCGCCUCUCCCCGGGCCAUCACGACAGCCACCACUUUGGCUCUACGCGCUCCAAAAGCCUGCAGCUGGAUUCGGCUCUGGUUUUGGAACACGUCAAGGGAGGGUUGGGCGGCGUCCACUCCAACCCCGAGGGCCUGUCCCCCAAGCUGUUCCCCGGGAGGGGGGAGAGCGCCGUGGAGAAGCUCCAGCUCAUCUCCUCCUCCUCCGAGGGCCCUCUCCGGAAGACCUCCUCAGAGUACAAGCUGGAGGCCCGCCUGGUCUCCUCCCUCAAGCCCCUGGAGGGGACCCUGGACAUCGGCCUGUUGUCCGGCCCCAGAGCCUCCAAGACAGACACCUGCCUGUCCAAGAUGGCCGACGGCUUCCAUGACAGCGCGUCCGUGGGCCCGCCCGUGUGGAUGCAGAGCCCCACGGAGAGACACGCGUCUUCCCCGCAGCCCAAAGCAGCCGACAAGCAGAAAGCCUCGCUGAUGACUUCAUCUCCCCCCAGAGUCCCCGGGUCUCUCACCGCCCCGCUUCCGCCCAAAGAGCAGCUGGCCGUCGCCAGCCUGGAGAAACCACAGGACAACUCCGGUCCCAGGGAACCACCGCUGAAGGCUUCCCCCAAGGGAGAGGCCUCGGAGGUGGGUGGGAAGCAGGAGAGCAGGUCGGUGGCGAAGGCCGGUCCUCAGACGACGCACGAUGUCUGGAGCUCCAGACACAGCGGGCACUUCUCCUGCGGGAAGACCCCCUCCAUCCGAGAGGUCAGCAACGAGGACCAGGAGGACGAGGGGACAGAGCUACCGGAGGCGUCCGUGAAAGAGGCUCCCGCCCCGGCCCGGCCCGGCCGUCCUGCCGAGAAGAUCCCCGUCGGUCCGCCCGCGACGGAAAGCUUUGACGCUCGAAUGGGCUCGGGUCGCAGGCAGAGCCCUGACAACCACGGGCCGGCCUCAACGCCGAGCUUAGGCACAACCCCCGCUUCGCAUGCGUCGAGUGGCAGCCCAGUGUCAGUUCACUACGUUUUGGCGGACCUGCACCAUCUCUCAAAGCAUCCGGUGAGCUUCAAGUCACCGGCUCGGCUCGGCGACGCCGCUGGUUUGACAUUGGCUGAGAGGGAGAACAAAUCCGCCAGUGUCAUUGAAACUUCGGAGGUGAGAGACCCGCGGCACAGACCUGCGGCGCCGUGCGUCAAUCCUAAAACGAACACGAACACUACAGCGGCAAAACCGGAGGGCUCGAAGAUCUUCGAGGAGAAGAGAGGCGAUGUCCGUGACGCCAGGCAGGUGGUCGGUAGCAGCGCAUGCAGGCAGAACGUCGAAGGGCCCACUUCACCAAAGACGAAAAGUAGCAAUGUCACAACCGCGGAGACGGAGCAUCUUUCGGCAACCAACUGUCUCGGGGAAAAGGCACUCGUCAGAGGGGCCGGCGAAGCGAAAAAUCCCGUCUGUCAAAAGCAACCGGCAAUCAAAGAGGCCGUUUAUGCCCAGACAGGAACGCAGUCACCACCACCGGCUGCUGUCAGGACCAAACAGCCCGUCUUGAAUCCCAAAAGUAAGCUGAGCCAAACUGUGUCCCAGAGCUCUGGAAAGACGGAGUCAGGGACCCGGAUUCAGAGACCUGUAGGGAAAUCUCCUGCCCCAGCCCUGGCCCCAGUCCAUGUCGCUAAAAUGAGUCUAGAAUCAAAACAAAGAGACCUCCAUCACAAUAACCCAGUUACCAGCUCUCCGGUUACAUGCGCCCACGACUCAAAACAAAAAGAACUCUCAUUCGAAUCCCCCGUCCAAAUCCAAGUUCUGAGAGAUAACCUAGAGUUAAAGCAGAAAUCUCCCCCUGGCAGAACGCCGUCCCAAGCUGUGAAGCUGUGCUCCCCUCCUGUACCUCCUCUCAGACAAACCCUGGAUGCCAGGCAGAAAGAGCCCUCAUCUAGACCUCUGUCCUCAGCCCCAGCACCUGUCAUAAAGGAGAACCCAGACCGGCUGGAAGCAGCCCUGUCCUCUCCCCAGACCAGCCCCCCCCUGGCACAGAGCGUCCCAGCAGUGAGGAGAGAACCACACCAACCCAGCACGGGGGUCGUCAUCGGCAGGUCGGCCAGCAGUGCGGUGCAGGAGGCUGUGGUCUCCAGAGAUGGCCCAAAGACGGACACAAAGAGAGGCCCUACCAUGAUGGACGUGGCUGGGCCUGUGGAACACACCCCCACCCCCCAGCCCAAUCACAGCCUAAGCGAACCCAGGCCUGCACACUCAGACAAACAGACGGCGUCCUGCCGCAAAGAGCACGCGGAGAAAAAGAGGAAGGAGGCCGCGGCGGCGGCGGAGGCCGCGUUGUCCCUGAAGAACGCCAGGAGAGAGGCGGUCCGAGCGGGGGCUGCGAGAGACACUGCGGGUCCUGAGAGGGACUCGGCCCGCGUCAAGCAGCCCAAGGAGUCAACGCGUUCCGCCCUCCACAGGAAGUGAAGCCCUCCACAGGAAGUGAAACCCGCCGCCUGGAGAACGGUCGGCGCCGGCGUUUGCUUCCGCGACCUCUGAAGAGGAAAAAGCGAGACGGACUUUCUCUUUGUGUGUAGUGUGUUAUCAUCAUGGCUUGUUUUUAGUUUUUUUUGUUUUGAGAACCGGGAAAGCUGUUACAGUGUUUAUACGGUGUUUGAGGCGUGUGUCUGGUGUCAUGUGUGCGUGAGAUGCUCUGAAUGUGCAAACGAAACCAGAAUAGUCUGUCGACACUGUCGAUGUACGCAAAAGGAUUUUUGACUGAAUGUAGACAAUGAUUUGCUGCUGAUUUGCUGUCCCUUACCACAUUCUCUGAGCGGGGGGGAAAAAAAGUGUCAAAUUGUACCAAGUGAAUGUAAAGAGCUUGAUGACAUCAGAGAGGAAUGUGCAAUUAACAUUUCAGAGAUGGAUGUGAAGAUCCUAUUCACAGUAUAGAUCAGUGCCAAUAGGGGAUUUUGUAAUUGCACUCUUAGUUCUAGGCUUUGGACCGCCUGUUAUUGAAAGAGUCAAACUUUCAAUGCAAGUAGACUGAUGUUCGUGUCAUUUCCUUGAGAAAAAAACAAAAAAACAAUCACCUCUUGGCACAUCCGAUCAAACGAUUAGGAAGCAAGUCACUGUGCCCAUCAUUUAAUAUUACUCUUCAACCCCAGCCACCAAGACGCUGAUAUGGAAAGCAUAGUCGUGUGACGUUAUGCAAUAUUUUAAACCUCCAGGUGCAGUUUGUGGGUUUAUAGUUUGGGAUAGAGGUACAUCGAAGGAGCACACUGUGUUCUGUGCUUCUUACCUGGAAUUGUUUCAUAUGGAAUCAGCUUCUGGUUGAGGAAUCCUGUGUGUGUGAGGGUCCUCGGGGUGGAGGAGCGUAGAACGUGCCGUUCUGAGCAGGUUGUGGUGUUGUUCACAUUCCUUCACGUACUCUACAUCUCUGUAUUUCUAUAUCUUUACUUUUUAUGCAAUAUAUUGUAAAUACGAAAAUACUGUAAAAAACAAAAAAAACACGACAACAUUGGGAUACAUGGGCUUAACGUCAAAUAUUAGUGUUUGUUUUAUAUGUAUAUAUUUUGCAAUGUCAUGUUUGUAUACUUAAUGAUAUGUCAUUUCGGAGAAUCAUGCUUAAUAAUUCUGUGGUCUAGAAUAAGCUAAAUGUGUAACGUCCAUCUGUGUCAACACAACAUCCUCUCUCCAGUGUAGUCCUUUUAAUACGAUAUAAAUGUGCUCUGAAUUUUACUUGAAGAGAUGGAAAUGAGGGGUGAAGGAGUGACUGUACUUCCUAAUAAUAAAUGUAGCGUACCACCACGUCAAGGAACUUCACUGAGGUUAAGUGGUUCCCCAGUUUGGUCCCACCAUGGAUUCAAUUUGUUUGAAGGAUAAGACAUGAGAGUGGAGAUUGAGAGUUCAAAUAUGUUGAGUAGAUGCGUCAGAAAGUAAGUCACCAAGUUUCUCCAGCCAUAAGUAGAUUGUUUUAGACUCAAAACACAGUGAUAUUCACAAAUUCUUAGACUACUUUUCCACCUAGAACGUUUAAUGCAAUAUUUAUGAUACGGGUUCACAUCAGAAUUGAUAUCUAGAAACUAGUAGCAUGAUAUUCAAUCAACCGUUUUAAGUCUGAAAUCUGCCUACCUAUAAGCAAUGCAGUACUCUUUGCAAAAGAUUAAUGUGAAAAUGCACAUAGAAAUCUAGUUAUGGAUAAGGUUGAACAAUAAUUUUUAAAGGACUGAUGUCACAAUAUUCACCCCGUAGUUCAGUAUGUCAUUCUAUUACACAGUUGAUGUUCAGGUAACUGUAGUUGUGUGUAUUUCAGCUAUCUGUUUACGUCUAUGAUACAUUCAUACGGAUGACUCUACUGUAGAUGAUAAGCCUUUCAAUUUCCAGUUCUAAAUAUCAACCUGACAGUAGAUUUCUUAGUGUGCUACACAGUGUUAACUCAAUGUAAACCAUAUUCAAUAUUCUCCUUUGGGUUUGUUGGAUAGAGAACCUGUAGAUGCUGUGCGUAAACUGGUCUAAACUGUACAUAGUAAUGGCCGACUUGACCCAAGAAAAAAAAACACAUAAAUGAGAUUGAAUGUAGAGAUUUUUUAUGAUCGGAAUCUGACGUUUGAUCGUCUCAUGAAUUAAAUGAUGUAAAUGUAUUGUCUAAUGUUUGGAAAGAGUACUUGACACAUUGACGUUGGGCAACAAUCCCCUCUAGUGGAAGUAGUUUGGGGGAAGGGAGGGGAGGGUAAAAAGAUGAUGUGAGAGUGUCUGGUAGGCAGUGAGUUUUCUAAGAACAAGGAGAAUUAAUCUGAAAAACGUAAUUAGAAUGAUUGCAAACAAUCUUUUCCCCCCACGCCUUUUUUUCAGAAUACUGACAUUUAAAUAAAAAAAUAAAUUAAAAAAAAGCACAUUAAAUGUUUGUUUACAAGUACUUCAUGGAUGUAUAUUUUGUAUAUUGUGUCAUUGUUUUGCCAAAUCUAUGUUCUAUGUCACAGGAAAUCUGUUGUGAUAGUAGUGAUUGACAUCCUUCUCCAGCCACCCACCUGUGCUGUUUGAUAGGUCUAUCUGUGGUGGUCAACAUGUCUGUUAAACAUCUGUCAGAGUUGACUUGGUCCUGCUGGUCUGAGUUCUCCUCUCCUCUCUGUGUGUGAAACUAGUAUUAGAAGAACCGGCUUUUAGGAUCUGUGCAAUAAAGAUGUAUUUGAGUUUUGUAUUUCACCCAAGGAACGCUCUAUGGAUGUCAUAGAUGUUGUAUAUUAAAACAGAUAUUUAUACUUCUAAAGUUGCAUAACACUGAAAAAUAAAAUGGCAUGA